GCUCAGUGAGCACUUGUGGUUUCGGAUGUAGCUAUUGGUAGUGCGCUUCUCUCUCUCUCUUUCUUGAACGAACGAACGCACUCGGUGUGAUAUGGCGGUAAUUUACGUUAAACCACUGAGCGGUCAUGAUAACCGAGUAAUGUGACGCGUGCCGCAUGGACUUCUGCGGCGCCGUUCCAACGAAACUAAACUUCGGAUACCUGCGGUAUCCGGAAACUAUGGGUUGAAUAGUAAAGAACAAGCGUGCACACCCACAAACACGUAAACACAUGUCUACACUUGGAUUGAUUCGCAAUAAAAAUCUGCGCACACUCUAAUCUCGUUAUAACUUAUUGUGCAUGAGGAUAUAUGUAAAUAUAGAAAAUGCUACAGCUAGCAGUAUCUCUUUGGACACGAUAGGAAAUUGUUACAAUUGGAUAUAUUUCUUGCUGAAUUCUAGUGUUCUUGAAAAUUAUUACUAUGAGUAACAUUACGUCAGAGGAGAUUUCAUUGAGAUCGAUUUUUAAACUCAACCAUAAUGACUUUAAAGAAUUUAUCUGUGGCUGGGGUGCUGCUGUCAUCAAUGUCACUGUUACCUUUCCAAUCAAUAAAAUUAUAUUUAGACAGAUCCUGGAAGGAGUACCGGUGACUGCCGCAGUCGGACAGAUGUCGCGGGAGGGGAUACAACUACUGUAUCGUGGAAUUUUACCACCCCUGUGCCAAAAGACUCUGUCCGUCAGCGUGAUGUUCAGCGUAUACGAAGGAUGCAAGCAAAGGCUCAUUCUAUUAACUGGAAGCCCCGUGUUAGCCCAAGUGAUGGCAGCGAACGUGGCCGGCGCGACGGAGGCUCUCCUGAUGCCAUUCGAAAGAGUACAAACGCUGCUGCAAGACUGGCAUUAUCACGACAAGUUCAAGAAUACAUCGCACGCGUUUAAGCACCUGCUGACAAAUUAUGGGGUGACAGAGUGUUAUCGUGGCUUCUUGCCCAUUGUGUAUAGAAACGGCCUGUCGAAUCUCAUGUUCUUCACAUUGCGCGACCAAUCAAAGAUACUAAUGGGCGGGCACGAGUCUCUGUUGACCAAUUUUGUCAGUGGCGCGCUAAUCGGUGGUUUCGUUAGCACGGUGUCGUAUCCAUUAAAUGUAAUCAAAAUACACAUGCAGACGAAGAUAGGCGGCGACUUUGAGAGAUUCUUGGCUGUCAUGCGCGAGGUAUAUAUUUCCAGAGAUCGAAGUAUAACGUAUUUCUACAAGGGUGUGCAUCUCAACUAUAUGAGGUCCUUCAUCAGCUGGGGUGUGAUAAAUGCGUCAUAUGACUUCCUAAAGAAGAUCUUUUUCUAGGUUGAAUAAUAGAAUUUUAUAUUUAUUUAGGAGAUAUAUUCCCUCUCUCUUUGUUACACGACCUCUGCUGUAUAUAUUAAUUGGUAUAUUAGACAAUGAUAGGAGAGAUUUUUCUGUUGUGUAUGAGCGUCAAAUCGCACAUUUUUCCUGUCAACGGUAUAAGCAGGAUAGCACAGAAAAAUAGUGUUUAUUGUGGGAGCUUUACACAAUGAUACACACAAUGAUUAGGAAAUGUUUUUAAAUCUACUUUAAUCGAUCUAUAAUCGAGAUAAAAUCAAGGAAGAAUUCUGUUUUACAAGGGAAUUUAUGAGUGAUAGCUGCACUUGUGUAACUCAGUUAGAAAAUCUGUCAUAAAAGGAGUGUUUAUAAUUUGAAAACUAAGCGCUUCUGGACCAAUGUUUAUAUAAUCUUUUUUUAUCUUUACAAUGAGUAGAGUAUGCUCUUAAAGUUUGUAUAUCUAUUUCUGAAAUACUCUGAUACCUCUAUAAAUUGUAAAAUGUAUAUAAAAUGUAAAAUUCUAAAUCUACUUUGGAUUAUAGAUCAUUUGAGAUAGACAUUUAAUGAUAUUAGCUGAUCAAGUUAUCUUGAAUGAAUACGACUGUGGUCAUGUGAUGAAUUAUAAAAGCUCACUGUCAUUUCUUUCUGUCUGCAGAAAGACUGUAUUAUUUGUAAAUAUAGAUGCAGUUAGUUAUUUUUUUAAAUUUUCGAUUUAAUUUUAUCGUUAUAUAAAUACACUUAGGGACUCUUUAUACAGAUUAAAAUAUGUGAAUAUUUUAGGAAUAUGUAAUUAACAAGAUAGGAAACAAUUAUGUGCAAUUAGGUAGAAAAAUUCUUGCCAAUUAUAAAGUGCUACCUAAUUGUGAUUCGAUAAAAACACGUUUCCUGUUCUUAUCUUAAGAAUUAUAUAUAAUUCCAUUGUUGUGAAAUUCUGCAAAUUUGUGAAUGCUUAAUAACUGAUAUAUAACUAAUAUAUGCAAUGUUUAAUAUUACAUAAUCUAUAUGUGAUAUUAUAUUUUAAUACAAAAAUGUUCCAAGAACCUCUCACAAUAAUAGGAGUAAUUACAGUAUAAUUAGGCAAUUUGUUAUUAAAAUACAACACUAUUUUUUCAUAUGUUAUUAAUUUUAUAUCAAAUAGAUAAUGAUGUAUUGUUUUAUUAUAUAUGGCGCAGGAACAAUUCGAUUAACGGGACAUGUUGCAUAAGAUAUUGUUAAUUACAUCGUUUAAUAAAUCAAUUUACAAGGAAUGCAAGAAAAGAAAUUCACACGCAUACGAAUGUUUUACAAAUGAUAUUCUUCGUGGGAUAUUCACGCGCAGUUAUGCAAAAUACAAUAUACAAUUCCGAUAACAA